AUGUCACAAACGAACGAUAUCAACGACCAAUCUGAAUCUUUGGAUACUGAAAAAGUUAUAGAAGUCUCUCCCAAUGAACGUUAUGUACGACUUAAUACAUUACUUGGAAAAGGUGCUUAUAAAGUAGUUUAUAAAGCUAUUGACCGAGAAGUAGCUUGGAAUUCUAUGAUGGGCGUUCAUUCACCGGACAACAAAGAAAUGGAACAUGAAAUAGAAAUUCUUAAAUCAGUUCGACAUCCCAACGUUAUUGCCUUUCAUGAUGCUUGGUGUACCAAAAAUGAAUUUGUAUUUGUAACGGAACUCAUGACAUCGGGGACAUUGCGUGAAUAUAUACGAAAAUUGAAUCUUCCCAAUCUCAAGAUAGUAAAACGGUGGUCUCGUCAAAUUCUCAAAGGUCUUGCUUAUCUUCAUGGUUAUACUCCUCCUAUCAUUCAUCGUGAUAUCAAAUGUGAUAAUAUCUUUAUCAAUGGUGCUCAUGGUGAAGUCAAGAUAGGUGAUAUGGGAACAGCUGAAAUGAAAAUGGGAAAGAAAUAUACCAUUAUUGGCACUCCAGAAUUCAUGGCUCCUGAAAUGUAUGAAGAAUUAGGUUAUAGUGAAAAGGUAGAUAUCUAUGCAUUUGGGAUGUGUUUAUUAGAAAUGGUCACUGGUGAAUAUCCUUACGGUGAAUGUCGAAAUGCUGCUCAAAUAUAUCGAAAAGUGUCUUCUGGAGUCAAACCUGCUUGUUUGGAUCAAAUUCAAAAUGAUGAAGUCUUGAAAGUGAUUGAAAAUUGUAUUGGUCCUGAAGAAGAAAGAAUGUCUGCUCAAGAAAUUCUGGAACACUCCUUUUUGGCCGUGGAACCUGAUGUUGUCUUAUUGACCGCUGAUCCUGCUCAUGUACAUCUGACUUUACAAGUAGUCUUUAAAGGAAUGGACAAAUUAUCUGUCAAAUUUGAUUUUAAUGUGGAAACUGAUACUGCAGAACAAGUCGUUAGAGAAAUGAUUGAAGAACAAGUCUUACCUGAACGAUACCAAUACCACAUCACCAAAGAAAUCAAUCGUAUACUCCGGGAUAUAGAAAAGCCAAGUGAAUCUGAACAAGCUGAACAAGUACGACAAUCUGUUUGGCGUCGUGAAAGUGAUAUUCGAUCAGAAUUGGAACGUACUCGAAAGGAAUUGGAAUUAGCUACUGAACGUAUUGCCGAUGUAGAACACAAAUGUGAAGAUUUUGAAUCAAGAGCUCGAAUAGCUGAAGCAAAAUACAGAGAAACUAUACGGAAUCUUCGUGACAUGGAAGAACAACAACAACAGCAACGCCAAGAAGGCAAUGUCAAUAAUAGUAAUAGGAAAAAUAUCACAACAUUGGAUGGGCAAAAUGGAGUGAUGUCAACACAAAUUACUCCUGGAACUACCACAACAUCUACUUAUCCUCCUCAACUAUCGUCAUCAUCAUCAACAUCAACUACAUCUUCAACAUCUAUAGCCAAUGCUCCAACUUCAUCAUCGAUAAUUGCACCUACUCCAACUUCAGUUCCAGCCCCAACACCUCCUACAUCCACUUCCUCUGCUGUGAAUACUACCACUCAAUAUUCAGAUGAUACCACGAUUGAUGUAUUUGUGCGGGAUUGUGCCAUAGCUACUCAUCGAAAUGCAGAAAAAGCUCAUCAAUGGAUCAACAAACUUAAAAAUCAAGAUAUCAUGACAGUAGGUGAUUUACGAGAUCUCCAUGAUGAAGAUUGGAGUGGAAUUGGUUUGACUGUGUUUGCUUUACGUGCUUUGAAGAAUAUGCUGAAAGGCAAAAAAUUACAGUCAUCUACUGCGACUCCUAUGACUGCCGAUGUUAGUGCUACCUCUACAACUUCCUCAUCUCCUCCAGAUUCAUCCAGUACAUCUCCUCACUAG